UUCUUCUUGGUCUCCCUCCCGCCCGCCCGCCCGCCGCCAUUUUUUCCUUCGUGAGGCGUCGGCUGAAGAGAGAGAGAGAGAGAGAGAGAGGAACAUGAUGGUACUCUUGAGCCAACCCUGGUGUGAUGAGAAACAAACCAGCUUCUAGUAGAUAUUAAGGAAUUUGGAAACCAAAGUAUAGUAAGGAAACAGUCCUAUGGAAAUAACAAAUCAUCUCAAAGUGUUGAUCUGACUGAAUUCUAAAAUUCACUUUAGAUUAUAGAGUAGAAUCAGAGUUGAAAGAGACAGCAUGGUCCAUAUAGUCCAACUCCCUGUCAUGCAGGAAAACUACAUUCAAAGUACCCCUGACACAUGGCCAUCCAGCCUCUGUUUAAAAGCCUCCAAAAGAGCCUCAACUACACUCUGAGGCAGAGAAUUCCACUGCUGAACAGCUCUUUCAGUCAGGAAGUUCUUCUUAAUGUCCAGAUGGAAUUUGAACAUGUAGAUAAGGCUGUUGACAUGGAAGAGAAAGCAUAUAAAUAUAUUGAAUGUGGAAAGAGCUUUAGUCAGCAUGACAAGCUGAAGAUACAUCAAAGGAGUCACACUGGGGAGAAACCCUAUACAUGCCUGGAGUGUGGAAAGAGCUUUGCUCAGAGUGCAAAUCUGCAUUCACAUCGAACAACUCACACUGAGGAGAAACCCUAUAAAUGCCUGGAGUGUGGACAGAGCUUCACUCUGAGUGCACAUCUACGUAAACAUCAGCGGACUCACACUGGGGAGAAACCCUAUACAUGCCUGGAGUGUGGACAGAGCUUCACUGAGAGUGGAAGUCUACGUAAACAUCAGCGGACUCACACUGGGGAGAAACCCUUUAAAUGCCUGGAGUGUGGACAGAGCUUCACUGCGAGUGGAAAUCUACGUAAACAUCAGCGGACUCACACUGGGGAGAAACCCUAUACAUGCCUGGAGUGUGGACAGAGCUUCACUGAGAGUGGAAGUCUACGUAAACAUCAGCGGACUCACACUGGAGAGAAACCCUAUACAUGCCUGGAGUGUGGACAGAGCUUCACUGAGAGUGGAAAUCUACGUAAACAUCAGCGGACUCACACUGGGGAGAAACCCUAUACAUGCCUGGAGUGUGGACAGAGGUUCACUGUGACUGAUAGUCUACGUAAACAUCAGCGGACUCACACUGGAGAGAAACCUUAUACAUGCCUGGAGUGCGGAAUGAGCUUUACUAAGAGUUCAAAUCUAUGUAGGCAUCAAAGGACUCACACUGGAGAGAAACCCUAUACAUGCCUGGAGUGUGGAAAGAGCUUCACUGCGAGUGGAAGUCUACGUUCACAUCAAAGGACUCACACUGGGGAGAAACCCUAUACAUGCCUGGAGUGUGGACAAAGCUUCACUCAGAGUGCACAUCUACGUUCACAUCAAACAACUCACACUGGAGAGAAACCCUAUACAUGCCUGGAGUGUGGACAGAGCUUCACUGAGAGUGGAAAUCUACGUAAACAUCAGCGGACUCACACUGGGGAGAAACCCUAUUCAUGCCUGGAGUGUGGACAGAGCUUCACUGAGAGUGGAAAUCUACGUAAACAUCAGCGGACUCACACUGGGGAGAAACCCUAUACAUGCCUGGAGUGUGGACAAAGCUUCACUCAGAGUGCACAUCUACGUUCACAUCAAACAACUCACACUAGGGAGAAACCCUAUAAAUGCCUGGAGUGUGGAAAGAGCUUUGCUCGGAGUGAACAUCUACGUUCACAUCAAAGGACUCACUGGAGAGAAACCCUAUAAAUACCUGCAGUAUGGAAAGAGCUUUACUGAGAGUUCACAUCUGUUAAGGUAUACAUAAAACUGGGUGAGUUUUUGCAAGGAUCAACACCAAGAUUAAGAUAGGUGUAUGUGUAAAGAAAAGGGUCCACAUCUAGGUGUGAUUUUUUUCUUUCUGCAAUCAACAGGGUAUAACUACAGAGGUUUGAGCAUACCAUUUGGCGCUCAUAUUGUCGAAGGCUUUCAUGGCCUGAAUCACUGGGUUGCUGUGAGUCUUUUGGGCCAUAUUCCAGAAGCUUUUGCUCCCGACGUUUCUCCCAUAUCUGUGACAGGCAUCUUCAGAAGUUGUGAGGUAUGUUGGAAACUAGGCAGGGGAGGUUUAUAUAUCUGUGGAAUUUCCAGUGUGGGAAAUUUACUCUUCUGAUUUUAGAGUUUUUUUAAUACUGGUAGCCAGAUGAAAAUGAAUAAAAUCUGGCUAACAGUAUUGAAAAACUCUAAAAUCAGAACAAUAAAUAAAAAACAUUCUGAAAACAGUCAUUCCAAACAUGAAAUAAUCGGGGACAGCUAAUACCUCCAAACAAAGGAUUCCCCCAGACAGGAUGAAGACAGGCCUGUAGGCCUCAGGGCCAUUAAAUGCUGAUCAAGAUGAUUAAUUACUACAUUCACACCUUCCUCUGACAGACAAGAGUUCUUUCUCCCACCCUGGACCUUCCACAGAUAUAGAAGUCUCCCCUAUUUUCCAAAAUACCUCACAAUCUCUGAGGAUGUCUGCCAUAGAUGUGAACCAAUCGUGAGGAGAGAAAUCUUCUGGAACAUGGCCAUACAGCCUGGAAAACUCACAGCAUCCCUUAGAGCUCAUUACACACUGCUGUUUGUCAGUUGGUUGAUUGAGACGAAUCAUCUUCCCUGUCUCAAUUCCUCCUCCAACGAUUCUGGCUGUCUGCACAGAACGCAAGGAAUUAAUUUGCUUCACAACUCCUUCAUUCAGCUGUCAAAAGCGGUUCAAACUUUAUUUAGUAUUUACAGCUACAGUAGAGUCUCACUUAUCCAACAUCCGCUUAUCCAGCAUUCUGGAUUAUCCAACGCAGUUUGCCACCUGCCCCAAUCCAAAACUGUUUCUCUGGACAGCAAGGAUUUAACUUUUUAUGGAUUUAAUUUCCGACAAUGUUGCUACUUGUAAGUUCAUUUUAUGCAAUUCUAUCUUUAUUUGUAGUCAAUUUGUUAGUAGCCCAUGUUUUUGUAGUCAGGGUUUUCAAUAUAUUGCGAUGUUUUGGUGCUAAAUUCAUAAAUACAGUAGUUACUACAUAACGUUACCAUCUUUUGGACUGCUUUUUCUGUUGAUUUGUUGUAAAACAUGAUGUUUUUAGUGCUUAAUUUAUAUAAUCAUAACAUAAUUUAACGUUUAAUAGGCUUUUCCUUAAUCCCUCCAUAUUAUCCAACAUCUUCGCUUAUCCAACGUUCUGCCGGCCCGUUUAUGUUGGAAAAGUGAGACUCUACUGUAUAUAGAAAUCAUGAUUCGUAACCAAAGAGGUCCAGGAGUUGCUGACCAACAUGACACACCUGUUUCGGCAGGCGUUUGAUUUCUGUUAUUGCUGUUUUUAAAUUGUUUUAGAGUUUAGUCUGUUUUUGGAAGCCGCUCCAAGCCCUAGGGGAUUGGUGGCAUAUAAGUUCAAAUAAUAAAUAAAUAAAUAAAUCAUGGGGUCGCGAGAGAUGUUGGAACAGGACCAAGACGGCACCCCAGCGGAUGAAGGACCUUCACAUCGAUCAUAAAAGUGUUCUUCAAUAUAAUGAUCAUGAAUUGUGAUCAACAACUUGUAUAACAAUGUCUGUAUAAAUACAAGGUCUGUACAAAGUAUAAGGUGUGAAAGCUACUUUGAAUUUGCCACGGAGCUGCAGGUUUCUCACCCUUUUCCAGCUGGAAACAGUAAACCCUGAACUCGAAGCCUUGCUGGUCCGGCGUCGUUCUUCCUUGGACCUUCCUUGGGCCGGGCUGUGGCGCAGCUGGCUAGUAACCAGCUGCUAUAAAUCACUACUGACCGAGAGGUCAUAAGUUCAAAGCCCGGGUCGGGUUAAGCCCCCGACCAUUAAAUAGCCCGGCUUGCUGUUGACCUAUGCAGCCCCGAAAGACAGUUGCAUCUGUCAAGUAGGGAAAUUUAGGUACGCUUUAUGCGGGAGGCUAAUUUAACUAAUCUACAACAGCAUAAAACUGCCAGCAAAACACGAGGAAAAGAAUGAGGAAGAACUGCCACCAGUGGAUGGUGAAGCAACAGCUCGCCCUGUGACCGGAAUCGUGAAGCUGGAAAGAUGUUAAAUGCCUCUGUGUCUGUCUCUACUGUAUGUUGUUUGUCUGUUGGCAUUGAAUGUUUGCCAUAUAUAUGUUCAUUGUAAUCCGCCCCGAGUCCCCUUCGGGGUGAGAAGGGCGGAAUAUAAAUACUGUAAAUAAUAAAUACAAAGACAAGUAUCCACUGUUACAGUAAUACAGAAAUGGUUUUAGAUGUCAUUAAACCUCUAUUUAGUUCAAUGCCUCAAUAUGAAUACAGAUGCAAAAAAGCAUUGCUAUACAAUCAAAGGACUGUUACAUUCACAGUAAAAAUAAUAUUUUUCUCUUGAAAGAUGAAUUGACUCCUCUUCUCAUACACAAUGAUUGUUGUUCUUCCUUACCAUUUGCGUCCGACCGGACUGUCCGUUGCAACAUUUGAACAUCAUUUCCUGUGGUGGCACAGGUUUGGAUUCAAUGGUCUUGCUUCGGACAUUAUUAUUAUUCCUAUUCCGUUAUGUACAACAUAUAUUCUCUGCUUUGAUCACCAUCUAUUGCUUUUCAGCGUCUUGUCUCUUAUCUCAACAAAUCUUGAAUUGAUCCUCUUUUGGUCGGUUUGGUUUUCAUUGCCACACGUCUUAAUUCAGCAUUUAAAUAUAGUUUGUGCUCCACAUUUUUGUCAGAGCGCGCGGUUUGGAUAAACAUACAUGCAGCGGAAGAUCAACGAAGAAUCACUGGCACCAAUAAAUAGGCUGAAGCCUGUUUGGCUUUCUACAAAAGAUUUACUAACAAACGGAAAAACUCUCAAGACGAUAUAUACAUACAGAGUGCAGAGAGGCAAAAGAGCAGAGGGCAGGGAGAUAACAUAACACAGUAAGCUAUUUAUAACCACCUCUGCUGUCUGAUGCAAUACACAGUUAAGUCUUUACACACUCGCAUAGUGGACAGCAGACAGUGCAUGAUGCAAUCUACAGCUCACAUUGCAACACUACAACUCAAUUACAUUUAAACAACUCUAUAUACAAUCAUUCCCACUUCAACAAUUUUCAGGUGUUGUCAUGAAUUUCUUUGAGUCCCUCUGGGGAGAGAGGGCAGGAUAUAAAUAAAGUGUUACUAAUUCCCAAAUUUUCCCAUCUAUUUAUCUUUUAUACACAUAAUAAAAGUGAAAAUCUGUAUGUUUGUAUGUAGCAGAGAUGUAUGUUCACACAGACAGCCUUCGGUCUCCAUAAAUAGCAUUAGUUCCAAUUGCCAAGGAGCCUCCAAAGGCAUUCCCUCGACUGACAUUGCAGGUUAUAUCGUUCCCCUGAAAAUAAGACAGUGUCUUAUAUUAAUUUUUGCUCCCAAAGAUGUACUAGGUCUUAUUUUCAGGGGAUGACUUAUUUUUUCAUGAUGAAGAAUUCACAUUUGUUGUGAAACAAAAAAAAAGAACAUUUAUUAUAUACUGUACAGAAGUGUCAUCACAAAACAGCAUAGCUUUGAAGUAGAUGAUACGAGUCUAAACUGUCAUAGAACCCAAGUUUCUGAAUCCAGAUUACCUGUUUUGAAGCGGGUGAUAUGAGUCUAAAAUGUCACAGAAACCAGGUUUCUGGAUCUAGAUUAUCUGCUUUGAAGUGGAUAUGAGUCUAAGCCAGACCUGGGCCAACUUGGACCCUCCAAAUGUUUUGGACUCCCAACUCUCGCAAUUCCUAACAGCCUACCGGCUGUUAGGAAUUGCGAGAGUUGGGAGUCCAAAACAUCUGGAGGGCCCAAGUUGGCUCAGUCCCUGUCUAAACUGUCACAGAAUCCAGGUUUCUGACUCCAGAUGAUCUGCUUUGCCUGGAUGGUAUGAGUCUACCAAAGUCUGCUUUGAAUGCAAUUUCCUGCUUCUUGGCAGAAUGGGGUUGGACUGGAUGGCCCGUGAGGUCUCUUCCAACUCUACGAUUCUAUGAUUCUACACUGCCAGAGAAUCCAGUUUGAAGCAGACAAGCUGGAUCCAGAGACUGGCGGGGGAGAUGGGGCUGAGGCCUCACAUGUUAGGGAUUCCUCUUCAGACGAGGAAGGGGAGCAGAAAAGUGUUCAUGAAUCUGAGGGUGAGUUGGAAUCGGAGGAGGAGAUUUUGCAAGUACCCACUUUUCAGGAGAGGCAAAAGGAAACAGAGCAGAGAUGUCGUUCAGCUAGGAUAGCUGCCAGAAAUGCAACUGAGUAAUUCGGAACUGCCCUAGCAGCUGUGAGGGGACUCAGGGCUGUAAAGCAGAAGCAGGUGCAGCCAGCUCUUGCUGGUAACAAACUGACUCUAAUGCCUAAGCCUUCGCUCCCCUUGUGCCUGCUUCAGGUCUGCAUCAGGGAAAUUGCUCCUGUUGCCAUUGCCGAUAUCUCAGGCCCACCUUGUGGGAACAAGGGAGAGGGCCUUCUCUGCUGUGGCCCCCCAAUUGUGGAACUCACUGCCCGGUGAGAUUAGGCAAGCCCCCACAUUAGCAACCUUUAAGAAAGACCUGAAAACAUGGCUCUUCUGCUGUGCUUUUGGAGAGUAAUUACUACAUACAUCCCUUUUGCUGCUCUCCUUCAAUAUCUGUCCUCCAGAUUGCACCGCCACUCUAUGACCCUGUUCUCUGUGGUUUUUACUUUUACUUCCUCUCUCACCCCGAGUUUUAAUCCUAGUGUUCAUGUGGCCCGCCCUUGGUUUUAUUGUUCUUUUGAUUUUGUUUAAUGUAGUGUAUAUUUUCUUUUAUUGUAUUGUUUAAUGUGUUAUGAUUUGUUGUUUUAUUUAUAUUCUGUUAUAUUGUAUUGUUCUGGGCAUGGCCCCAUGUAAGCCGCCCUGAGUCCCCGUUGGGGAGAUGGUGGCCAGGUAUAAAUAAAGUUUAUUAUUAUUAUUAUUAUUA